AUGCUAAUCCCCUUCUCCUGGCUUUCCGAAUACGUUGACAUCACGCUGCCACCCGAUGAGGUGGCCCAUCGGCUGACGAUGGCCGGCAUCGAGGUGGGCGAUGUCAUCACCCGGGGCGGCUGGGAUAAUUGCGUGGUUGGCUACGUGCGCUCCACCCGACCACACCCCAACGCCGACACCCUGACCCUGUGCCUGGUUGACCCCGGCGACGGCCCGGAACUGGAAGUCGUUUGCGGCGCGCCCAACGUUGCUGCCGAUCAGAAUAUCUGCUUCGCCCGGCCCGGCGCCUUCCUGCUCAACACCCACACCGGAAGGCAAGAAGAGUUGAAGCCGGCUCGCAUCCGCGGCGUGGUGUCAGAGGGCAUGAUUUGCUCCGAGGCCGAACUCGGCCUCAGCAACGAACACGACGGCAUCAUCGUGCUGCCCGCCGAUGCCGCGCCGGGCGCCCCGCUGAACGCAGUCCUUGGCGACACCUUCCUGGAGCUGGAACUGACACCCAACCGAGGGGAUUGUCUUUCCAUCCUGGGCGUGGCGCGGGAGCUGGGCGCCAUCACCGGCCAACCCGUCCACGUGCCCGAAAUCGGCUAUCCCGAGGCCGGUCCGCCGGUGGACACUCUGGCGAAGGUAACCAUCGCCGACCCUGACCUCUGCCUGCGCUACACGGCGUCGGUUAUCACCGGCAUCCAGAUUGGCGCCUCACCGGCGUGGAUGCAAGACCGCCUGACCCGCGCCGGCCUGCGCCCCAUCAACAACGUGGUGGACGUUACCAACUAUGUGAUGCUGGAGUUCAACCAGCCGCUGCACGCCUUCGAUCUGGCUACCGUUACCGACCGCCACGUGGUGGUGCGCCGCUCCAGCCCCGGCGAGAAGUUCACCACGCUGGAUGGCGUGGAGCGCACGCUGACCAAUGACACCCUGAUGAUUGCCGACCCGGCGCAGGCCAUUGGCAUCGGUGGCGUGAUGGGCGGCGCCAACAGCGAGAUUACGGCUGCCACCACGACCAUGCUGCUGGAAUCGGCCACCUUCCACAACCUGAACAACCGCCGCACGGCCACCAACCUGAAUCUGCGCACCGAAGCCAGCCUGCGCUUUGAGAAGGGCCUGCGCGCCGAGCUGGCUCCCAUCGCUCUGCGACGGGCGACGCAACUCAUCCUUCAAACCGCCGGCGGCGCGGCUGCGGCCGGCAUCAUCGACGUGUAUCCCGAUGGCCAACCGGAUGCCCCGGUGCCCCUGACGGAACGCCGGCUGCGUCAGGUGCUGGGCAUGGAUCUUGACAUCGACCGCGCCGAAACCGUGCUGGCCAGCCUGGGCAUUACCACCCGCCGCACCGGGGCGGACAGUCUGGAGGCGGAUGCACCCUACUGGCGCAGCGACAUCGCCAUUGAGGAAGACCUGAUUGAAGAGGUGGUGCGCAUCAUCGGCUACGACGAAGUACCGACCACCAUGCUGUCCUCACCCAUCCCCUACCACCGGCCCAACCCAUUGACCGAGCUGAAGGAAGCAUUGCGCGACGCCCUGGCCGCGGCCGGGAUGGAAGAGACCAUCAGCUAUCCCCUGAUCAGCGCCGAGGAUUUAACCAGGCUGGACUUGCCCGAGGACGAGCAGGCCCCCUGGCUACGCGUCGCCAACCCCAUGUCUACCGAGUACAACAUCUUGAGGCCGGAGAUGAUUCCCAGCCUGCUGAACACGCUGGCCUACAACCAGGCGCACAACGACGGCGGGUUCCGUCUGUUCGAAAUUGGCCGGUCCUUCGGUUAUCAGGACGGCAAUCUGCCCCACGAGCGCGAAUGGCUGGCCGGCGUAAUGUCCGGUCCCCGCUUCGGCGACAACUGGCUCACGCCAGCAGACUUGAUGGACUUUUACGACGCAUCCGGCAUCGUAUCCACUGUCCUCGGUCGCGUCGGCUUUACCGCUUCGCUGCAAGAGGCGGUCGGGACUCGGUGGCAUCCGGGCCGCGCCGCCACCAUUAGCGUCCGAGCUGCCACCGGCGCUGCCGCCGAAGUUGGUGUGGUCGGAGAAAUGCACCCGGACAUCAACGACCGCUUUGGCCUGCGCCCCGAACCCGUAAUCUACUUCCAGAUUGCCUUGGACGCUCUUUCGUCGGCGCGACUCGACACCGAGGCGGCGGAGACCCGUUUCCAGUCGCUGUCCCGUUUCCCCGCGGCCAACCGCGAUCUGGCGCUGCUGGCUCCGUCCGAUGUACCGGCCGGCCAGAUUCAGCAACUGAUCCAGCGGGUACGGCUGGUGGAACGCACCGAACUGUUCGACGUGUACACCGGCGAGAACGUGCCUGAGGGAAUGCGGUCGCUGGCGUUUCGCAUCUGGUUCCGUGCCGAGGAUCGCACGCUGACCGCCGAGGAAUUGAACCGCGCGAUGAACGGCUUGACCCGAGUGUUGGAACGCGAAGCCGGCGCCACGUUGCGGGGAUGA